AUGCGGAUCGCGGUGGCUCCUGUCCCCAAGGCCGGGGGGGCGGCGGUGCCGUGCCCCGAGGCCAUCGCUCCCCACGCCAGAGCCAACGCCAGGAGGCCAAAGCCAGAGGAGGCCGAAGCGGCCGUGUCGCCCCCACCCAGUGCCAGUCUGGCCCCCAGUGCCACCGGCCCUACCCAGCCGCUCUCCGCCUCUGCCCCCAGGGCCGGGGGCUCCUUCGAAAUCCACCCGGCCCCCAAGCCCGACCUGGCUGCCAUCCCAGCCCACGAUCUGCAGGCCCAGGCCUUGGCCAAGCUGCGCCUGAAUUCACGCAAUUCCUUCCUCUUCGUGCCCCGCCGGGAGGGCAGCCCUGCUCUGCCCCCGGCCCAGAGCGCCAGGCCAGGGCCGCCACCGUCCUUGGAGGAGAAGGCACCGAAGGAGCCCCCGAGGGCUUCCGCCCCGGAGCAGGAAGAGCCUGUCGCUUCCCCACCGGCGCCUCUGGAUCCGUUGGUACCUGUGACUUACAUCGAUGACAUUGUGGAGCCGGACAGUGGGGAGGUUUCUCCUAGGGCCAGCUCGGCUGCGAGGACACGGAGCUUGGUGGAUCAGCCUGGAGGAGCUGGCCCUGAGCUGGAGAUGGAGUUUUCCUCCGUGCCCCUGUACAGACCCCACUCUGCCCCUCACCAGCGGGGAGGCAGCACCUUCACUGUCGUGCCCAAAAGGAAGCCCGUUGCCUCGGGACUGCAGACUCUCACUGAUGCCAGUGGAAGACCACAGCAGGAGGAGGAGGAGGAGGAGGAGGAGAGCAAAGGAAAAGGCAAAGCCGUGGAGAAGGCUGAUGGGCCCCAAGCGGGGGUGUCCCAUAAAAAGCGCUACCCCACGGUGAACGAGAUUGAAGUGAUCGGGGGGUACCUGUCCCUGGAGAGGUCCUGCAUGAGCAAGACGGGCUCCCGCCGCAAGAAGAUGAAGAUCUCUUUCAAUGAGACAAGUCUACAGACUAUGUUUGAGUACCCAUCAGAGAGCUCACUGGCAGAAGAGGAGGAAGAAGAGGAAGGACAUGCUUCUGAAACAGAGGAGGACAAAUCUGGCACCUUUCACAUUCCACGCCCAAAUAGCACUUUGCACCCCAGUACACCUAACUCAGCAGAUUUAUCCAGCUAUACCCCAAAGCACUCCGUGAAGUUCAGCGAGUGGCAGGAGCAGAAGUAUGAGGAGAUGCCUGCCACAGAGGGACCCCUCCUGAAGGAAGCCGAUUCCCAUGGGAACGAGGUCAUGCUCACCCCAGCAGAGAAAGGCGGACUAUCCGAUUUCAGCAGCGAGCCUGCUCUUUAUUUUUGAUCGCUUCAUCUUCUAGCCUGCAGCAGCGGCUGCUGGACAAAACAUGUCAGUGCACCUUCCGAAAGCCCACGCAAGCACCGUGGAAAUAAGCUUCUGGGUCCCUCCCUCACCACAGUUUUCAUUGGAUCCUGAUGCCAAGGGUGGACUAGAUGCUAUCGAGCAUCUUCGGAGAAUAUUUGCACUGGAUUCUCGGACCUAACUACUACUUUUAAGGCGUAUGAUUUGUUCUACCUGUGGCCUUAUAUAUUCCUUGUUCAAGAUCAGCUGCCGAUUAGGCAAGCAUUUUAAGAACAGGUCUGUAAUGGAUGUAGAGUCUCUCAGUGCUUAUCUGAGUCCACUACUCCAGGCACUGCAUGGGGUCUGGACAGCUUUUGUAACACUUCUCCUAUCAGAGGCCCCACUGAGGAAUGGUUCUGGAGUUGGAGCCCUGGGUGUACCUGGGCAGUACAGAAGUGGUUGUGAUUUGUCAGCUAGCUUGGGUGUCAGUUUGUAAAACCACUGAAGAUUUGUGGUUUGUUCUUGGCCUGUCUCUGGGUCUAGUUUCACUCACCAUCAUGGAAUUAAUGUGCCAGUUAUGUCCUUGUGAAGGCAGCUGAAUGCACUGUGUGAGGGAUGGGAAGGGGAAUAAAUGCCUAUAGCUUUAGGUGUCAUUUUUGCACUAACCUGUAACCAACUGUCCAGACUGGCUUGAACCUCUUGAAGAUUCCCAAAUAUUGGCCAUAGCUUUGAGCUGUCCCUACCCAACUCUGGUGUCCAGUUUCUAGUAACUGCUGACUGUGCUUGUUUGCCAGUUCCUUUUGUUGCUUUGUUGCAGCAUCUAAUGGGGCCAGGCCCAAGAUUUAUCCAUCUUGGUUGGCAGGGAGGUUUCCUAUUAGCCGUGCUUGCUCUGCUCCUCUAACGCAAAGCACAGGAGGGCAAUCUCGCUCCUUUCUUCUGCGGAACUUGAACAAGGAAUAUGUUUUUUUUUUCUAGGAUUUUUAUAGUUCUGUUGUAAUUGUUUAAUGCAGCCAAUAUGCAGAGGAAUCUGCUAGAUUUCCAUAUUUCUACUACUGUAAACUCAGGGUCAAAAUUGCACUCUGGAAAAGAUGGAACACUGCUGCUAAUGUGAUUUGUACUUCUGGGAUUAAAAGAGACGCAGUUGGAAUAGAUAUGGCCUCUUUGGGCUUUAUGAAAUGAGUGGUACCCGUGUGUGGCUCUUAUCAAAAGGAACAGGCUGGUAUCUUUUAUUAAAUUUGGUACUUUUAUUGGUUUGUCUACUACAGAUAGACGAUGACUGUCUAGUCAAGCUGACACUGGUCUAUGAACUGAAUAUGCUCUGCAUGGCUUGCACUUGCUUUGGUGUAUGUUGUAGCAGCAGGAAGAAGGUUGUUCUGCUGAAAAAUAUGAUCAGGGCUAAAUGCUAGGAUACACUUCUAGCUGUUCUUCUCUUCUUGCCCUGGGUGCCUAAAUAUUUCUGGAAAGAUAGUGCAAAAAAAUGAGACUCAGCAACUUGUUAAGAUGUUGGCUGGAGGGGCCACAAAGGAAGACGUUCCACCUCCUUGUAAUUCUAAGGCUUGUCCUUUCCAAGCUAACUCGAGAUCCACUCCCUGCGUGACCUCCCAGGAGCAGUGUGUGGCUGGCAGCACAUCUGCCUCUUACACCACACAAAUACAGUGGAAAGAGCAGUGAAUCCCAUGUGCUGAGGCUUCUCCUGAUGAAACACUUCAGGACAUGAUGCUGAAACUGGGGUACAAUGAGGAAAAACACAGGACUGCUAGUAACUGCCAAAUUUAAGGGAUGAGUAAAUUAUUGGAUAGGUGGAGUUAAAACAGUGAGCAGUGCCCAUGGCCAGUAGCUGUGCACACAGCCAAAAGGGAUUGGGGACCAUGGCUGAAGAAAAGGUUAUGAACAGCUUUUCUAGCAGAAAAGGUCCCAGUGAGCAUCUUGCCCUAUGGAAAAGCUCACCACAGUUUAAGGCAGCUCUAUCUCUAGAUUUGCAACUAAACAAAACUGCAGGUGGUGAAGCAAAAGCUGCUUGCAAUUUAAGUUAGGGACAAGGUGUCUGAACUAGUCCUGACAAUUCUGCUGUGGAUCAGUGAGGAGUGCUAAAGCCAGCAACGUCCUGCAGCUCGUUCCACUGACUUCAGCCAACUGACAUGCUGCUUUGGUACUGUGCGUGCUGUUCCGAGUGAGUUAGCUCUGUGCCUACAACUCCUCUGGUUAGGACAGGCUCAGUGGAGGUGUGUGAGUGCAGAGUGUGCUUCUCAAGAGGAGCACGUGGUGCCCUGGUGUGCUGCUGACUUCUCUGCUCCUUCUAGUUUGCCUGCUCUACCUUGUAGCUGUGAUCUACGCCUCGCUGAGUGCUGCCUUCUCUCUUCCUGGCUUUGUACUCUAAUCCCAGUCUGUACCACAUGAACUCUUAGCUGGUUCAUGGCACAGCAAGGUGAGUGCUGUUUUGAAGGCAGAAGCAUUAGCUGAUAAGUCAUCUUCUAGGAUAUGCUUCCGUAUCACUGUGCUCAAAAUAAAGUAUUUUUUUAUAGGAUACCUACCCUCAUCUCUAGCAUUUAGGAAUUAACUUUAAGAAAUCUCUAGCUAAUACCAAAGUGUAUAUGAAAGGAAAAUUUACUUCUGCAAAACAGACUUUUAUUAAAUGCAUGUCAUCCUUGUACCAGAAUAGCAGCUGUCCCAGACCAACAGGACUUUCCAGGUUGAAGAACAGGUUCAGGAAUGCUUUUGUCCACGUGUUUGUUUUUCUUUUGAAGUGCUUUGUGGGUCACUGGCUUCACCAGCAUUUUCAGUUUUUCCCUUUAGGACAUCUAGCAAUGUUUGAGAACUCUCCAGAAUCUGGGAAAGAAAGAAAUAAAAAUACUUAUUUUUACAUAAACUCUUAUGAGUUCCCUUUGAAUUCUGCUGACCUACCUUGCAGCAAGAGGGAUUCUCCAGCCCUUACAGUUAUCUAAUUCUUGGUGACGUAUUAUCCUAUCUCUUUGUGGGAAUUUCUCUGGUUCGUGCCCAUAUUCUGAAUACAAAACACCUUAAGCAAUUUAUCUGCCUUGGAACAUGAGGCGGACAACUUCCUGUGAGGUGAACUUUAGUUGUGGCUUUGUGUUUGGUUUGGGGUUUUUUUAAGGGAGAUGUUGAUACCUGGGCUUUUCAGAUCAGUAUUAAAUUGUGCUCAGAUGACCCAGUUUCAACUGUCUUCCCCUGCAUGCUUUUAAGUUUCUUGCUUAAGGUCAUUGUGGAGUUGAGUUAGUCUUUAAGUCAGACUAAAUAUUUCCUUUUAUUCAUUUUCUCCUAUUUUUAGUUUAUGUUGUAGAUAAUCUAACAUUGCCACUUGUUGUUGUCUAGGAAACAAGGCUGCAGCAGGUUUAGGAGAUUGUGUUGCCUGUCCCUCUUGCCACGUUAAAGUUUUAACACAGUGCACUGUUGUAACAAAGUGGGGUAGUAGGGUUGUAGUCCCAAAGCUCAUUUAUGUUCCUGUGAACCUGUGGAAAUCACUAAGUGGUCAGAGAAGAGAUGAAGGUAAGUGCCCCACAGGGUGAGAUGCUGGUACAUCGUGUUGUUGGGAUCCUGAAGUCUGGUUUGUGAAGGAAGGUGGAGGCCUGUGACUGUCAGGGGCUGGGAAAAGACAAGGAGUGCAAUUACAGACAAGAGAUGUACAUCACAGGAAAGGAACUUUUGUUACUUGUUUCUGCUUGCAGGACAGCUGCAUUCCUCUCCUAACCACCUCUGCUUUUUACCUACUGUGACUGUCUUCUAAUUUCAAUAAACAUUAAUUCAUUUGUA